GCCGGACGCGUGUCAGGUCCGUUUAGUGCGCGCCGCGACUAUUCAAUGACUUACGAUACCGGUCGGCGAGUCGAACACACCGGACGUUUUCUUCCACCCUCGCUUCGGUCCGUUCCGAUAAAGCAACCUGUAAUCUCGUACAAACACGCACAGUGAAUCCCUCGAACUCCGAUCGAACCGUGAACAACUAAACGCUGCGCGUUCGCGGCAACGAACAUAUUACUUGUUUAAUACUUAUGAAAUAAUAAUAAGAUAUUUGAAUAUUUCGCAUAUAGUGAUAUAUCGCGAACUUAUAAGUUGAUCUCAUUGAAAAGUCGGCCAGUUUUAUAGGAAUUAAUUAAACUGGUAAAAAACUGACGAUCUCUCGAGGAAACUUCGCGUAGAUCUUUGGAACGGAAAAGUUGAUCGAUUUCAUCGUGUGAAUUAAAGUACGAGUUACUGAGAGAUGAUUAAACAAUGGUAAAAAUGGUAACCGUUGGAGAACUGGCAAGAAACUGACGAUCUCUCGAGGAAACUUCACGUAGAUCUUUGGAACGCAAAAAUUGAUCGAUUGCAUCGUGUGAAUUAAAGUACGAGUUACUGAGAGAUACUGAUUAAACAUAGUAAUUAGUGAAUGUAAACUUUGAGGGAACACGUGAUUAGUAUUUUCUAAGGAGUGAUGGUAACAGUGAAUCUCCUGAAGAGGCAUUGAUCUAGAAUUGAAGGAUAAUAAAGGGAACACUUCUAAAUGAGUUAAUUGCACUCGAUAGAACGUGUAUUUAAUGGCUAAGUGAUAAUUAGUGCUCGAAGUAAUAUUAUUCCAAGUGAAAAUGGUAAAAGUGGAGACUGAAGGGGAAUCUAAAUAGGACACAGAUUCGAGAACUUCUGAAUAUUUAUGCAAAAUUACAGUUACAAAAAAUAAUAAUUAUUUUUGAAGUUGAAGAAUCUAAUAAGAUGAUAUUUGAAUCUCAGUUUCGCUGGGAAAUAAAGCGAUCGAGAUAAAUCUGGAUAGAUUGCGAUCAGAUCUGUAUCUGAAUCUGCGAUAAGGAUUCAGUGAUAAUUUCUCUGUCGAUCGGAAGGAGAUAUAGAUUUAUUUGUAGCAGUGUUUGGCGAAAUUAACGAGAAACAUUAACGAGAAACCGUUAAAGAAGAUAAGCGCCAUGGAGUUGAUACUGUGUAUGGUGCCAGUUUUUUAUAUGAAGCUGCUCUCUGAUAGCUCGGGCACGAUAAUACUUGUAGUGCAUAAGAUGCUCAAGUUCGUGUUCUUCUUAUUGGAUUGGCUGGUCACUCCGCUCAUCCUGCUGCAGACAUUCCGAAAGCGGAAACGACUGCCGCCGAUCAGGAAUCAUCUGCUGCUGCUCUCAGCGACCGAACUCGCGAAGCGGAUUCGAAGGAAAGAGGUCAGCAGCGAGGAGGCUGUCAAAUCGUACAUAGAAAGAUGCCAGGACGUGAACCCGAUCGUGAACGCGAUCGUCGAGACGAGAUACGACGCGGCGGUUCAAGAGGCACGAGCGGUCGACGAAUUUCUGUCUCGUUGCACGAAAACCGAGGAGGAACUGGCACGGGAAUUGCCGCUGCUCGGUCUGCCAAUCACGGUGAAGGAGAGCAUCGCUGUACAAGGCAUGUCUCAUUCAGUCGGCGUGAAGAAGAAGAUUGUGGACAGAGCGGACGAGGACGCGGACGUCGUCGCCAGAGUGCGAGAAGCGGGAGCUAUUGUUAUACUCGUCAGUAAUACACCGGAACUGUGUCUGGCAUGGGAAAGCAACAAUAAAGUAACCGGUUCCACCUGGAACCCUUACGACACCAGCAAAAGCGCCGGCGGUUCCUCGGGCGGCGAGGCCGCUCUUUUAAGUUCCGCCGCGUCUGUCGUUAGUCUUUCAUCCGACAUCGCCGGUUCGGCUAGAUACCCUGCCAUGUGCUGCGGAAUUUUCGGCCACAAACCUUCAGCUCACACGGUAUGCUGCAAGGGUCACAAACCAUUCUCCAGCGACGAAAAUUGGGACGAUUACUUCUCUAUUGGUACAAUGAGCAGAUACGCGGAGGACCUUCCCCUGAUGAUGAGCGUGAUAUCUCAGACGGAUGAUGCUCGUCGUCGCUUCAGUCAAGAAACGUCUCUGAAAGACAUGAAGUUCUUCUACGCCGAAGAAUGUUGUGGAAUAACGACGUCCAUUAACAGCGACAUGAAAGCAGCCAUUCAUAAAUUAAGAAAAUACCUUGAAGCGACUUACGGUGCCAAGGUGCAACAGGCAAAAUUGCCGGAUAUGAAGUACGCUUUCGACAUAUCAGCUCGUUCUCUGUUGAACAUGGACGUGGACGACGUUAUAAAGGAAUUCGAAGGACCGAUCACGUCCAAAGUCUUCCUGGAGUUGAUCAAGUACAUCUUCUGCGUGUCUCGGUUUUCCUUCUCGAUGGUGUCUUAUGCGAUGGUGAAGUGGUCGUACAGCAAAUUUCCGCAGAGGUUCCGACACAAGAUGGACGACAAGGCGGUGUCCCUGAAGAAGCAGUUCGAUGACGUUCUAGGCGACAAUGGCGUACUGAUUUAUCCAUCAUUCAUCAGUCCAGCUCAUUACCGGUACCAAAUGUACACGAGAACGGCGAAUUACACUUACAUGAUGCUUUACAAUGUGCUGGGGCUGCCAGUGACGCAGUGCCCCAUAGGAUUCAACAGCAAAGGCUUGCCUGUUGGUGUUCAGAUCGUCGCGAACGCUGGCAACGAUCACCUAACCAUCGCCAUGGCCAGAGAGAUAGAGAAAGCCUUCGGCGGCUGGAAGCAACCGCCGACAACGGAAAUACCGGUCUGAUCCUUAUCAGCCACGUUGUAGAUAUUCUACAAAAAUCUACUUCAUACGCGCAACGACGUGGAACCAUCGCGAUCACGUUAAGAAAUAUCGAACGUUUCCCAUCAUUCACACGCGAUUGAAUUCAUCGUUCACGAUUCCCCAUCGACAGCGAAGGACUUCCAUUAUCGCCGCCAUCUUUGUACAUAAGGAUGAUAUUCCGAUGUAAAGAAACGUUAAUUAAUCUCAGCUAAGACGUUAGAUGCUAAACCAGCGUUGCAAUUCUGCAAUUUGUAAAUUACACAAUUAUUGCGUCGGUGUCUUUGUCGAACGAGUUUUCGAAGUACACAAAAUGGAAAGAAUACAAUAUUUAAUCAUUCGACUGAAUUGGAUUAUUAUCAUUGUACGUUCAUCGAACUGAAUGUCACCGCAAUGGGUAGCAUUAUUCAUAAUAUAGAAAUGUUUGCGAACAAUCGUC